UCCAUACGGAAGCGGAGAACGACUUCAGUCAGCUGCAGCCUGUGGUAGAGUCCAGCAUGGCAACAUCAAAAUUAAUGAGAGCUAUCAGAGUGUCAGAGUUUGGAGCUCCUUCAGUUUUAAAACUAUGCACAGACCUGCCUGUUCCAAAUCCUGGUCAGAAACAGGUUCUGAUUCGAGUUCAUGCAUGUGGUGUAAACCCAGUGGAGACCUACAUCCGAUCUGGAUCCUAUGCUCGGAAGCCCAGUUUGCCCUACACUCCAGGAUCAGACGUCUCUGGUGUGGUUGAGGCUGUCGGGGAUGGUGUUUGCCUUCUGCGGGCAGGUGACAGGGUCUUCACCACAGGUACUGUGACAGGGGGAUACGCAGAGUACACGGUUGCUGCAGAGGACACGGUUCACAAACUUCCUGAUUCUCUAGGUUACAAACAGGGUGCAGCCAUCGGAAUUCCAUAUUUCACUGCAUUCCGGGCAUUAUUUCACAAGGCUCAUUCCAAGCCAGGAGAGACGGUUCUUAUCCAUGGAGCCAGUGGUGGGGUUGGCAUUGCAGCAUGUCAGAUUGCACAAGCUUUUGGACUUAAGGUGCUGGGUACAGCAGGGACACCAGAGGGGAUGAAGCUGGUGCUCAGCAAUGGAGCUCAUCUUGCAUUCAACCACAGAGAAAAAGACUACCUGGAGAAAAUUAAGGAAGCUACUGAUGGACAAGGCGUCAAUGUGAUCAUUGAGAUGGUGUCCAACAUCAACCUCAGUAAUGAUCUACAGCUGCUUGACUUUGGUGGCAGAGUGAUUAUUGUCGGCUCUAGGGGUCCUAUUGAGAUCAAUCCCAGAGACAUCAUGAUCAAAGAGUCGAGCAUCAUUGGUGUGGCUUUGUUCUAUGCUACUAAGGAGGAAACAUCCGAGUGUGCAGCAGCCCUUUUUGCUGGAAUGGAGGCAGGCUGGUUGAAACCUUUUGUUGGCCCAGAAUACACACUUGAUAAAGCUUCCCAGGCUCACGAAGACAUUAUCAACAGCUCUGGAGCCAGUGGAAAGAUGAUUCUCAAAAUGUGAAAUUAUGCAGAAUUUGGAAAUCUAGUGUUACUUGCAUCUGGAAUUGUUUUAUAAUGUGUCUUUAAAUCAAUGGUCAAAUUAUGUACUGCAGUGUUAAGUUCUUAUGAGGUAAAUGAUAUUUUCAAUGAAAACUUAAAUAUGAAUAAAAUCAUUUUAAAAAACAAGCACUAGAUUAAAGCACUAGGUUACAAAAUGUAAUGUUUAAACAAGUGGAUAAUAAAGAUUUACAGUAAACAACGUAAAUAGACAUUAAUUAGAAAAAUAAUAGCAAAAUAUUCUCAGCACUAAAUGAAUACAUAAUGAAUGUAUCAAUUAGAUUUAUUAACCUGUGGAAUCAGUUUGAUAAAAUAGGAUGUAUUGCAUUUAUAAUAGCAUUGUUUCUGCGUAAUCAGUUGUCACCCUAGGGCUUGUCUAGUGUGAUGGAUGAAACAAUGUAAGGUGAACUUGUGUGUUUUCAUGGUUGUCAGGCUGCUCACUGCUGGCCACUGUAACACAUUUCUGAUAUCAGGUAACACACUGGUUCAAUGCAUGCUCUGUUUGCACGUAACUGAACACAUCUACAUUGCAGCUACAGUAUUAUAUACACAGAUUGACUGUAGGAAAGUAACACCAGUUACAAACUAAUAGUGUAUGGAAGUUUAUAAAGUAACUGCUGUUUUAGUCAAUUUUGGACCCAUAGCUUAUUGAUAGAAGUGUUAGGUUUUAUGCUGUCCAAUGUGUGGUAAGUAUUUCAACAUUAAAUACUUUGUUGUAAAGAGAGCACUUUCAAUUUAGCUACUAGUCCAGUUUUGCUGAAGUAGAUGGAACUUUUUUAAAAUUUUUGAUAGGAGAGGGGUUUAGAUUUUACCCUGUGCAUAUUCAUAUUUAUUAAGGAUGUGCAUGAGUAAUCAAUUAAUCGAGUACUCAUUCAGCUUCAAAUCUUUGGCUCGUAAAAACACUACUCAAAUAUUGCAAUUUGAUUUGCCUUUGCCUGCCACAUCCACAUACGUUUAGCAAUGUAGUUUAUUUGGAAAAAAAGACAUAGACUGUAUGUAUACUUUGAAACCAUUUUUAGCUGUAGAUGAAGAUGGGUGAUGCAAAAUUGUGUUCAUCAUGUUCAGAUGCUCAAGGCACUACUAAAGCUUUGACGCUCACUGAUGGACUCAUUGACUCUGUAGACAACAUGGUCCUCUCAGAUUUAUCCUAAAUCUGAGUGUUCUGGCACUCAGCAACAAUGCCAUUUUCAGCAUAAUGAAAAACGCUGUCUCUGGACCACAACCACAUCACCAGCCAAUCUCUGGACAGCUCCACAUUCUCCUGGCUCCUCAGGUUGGAGUCUCUCCAGCUAGGUAACAAUGCUCUGAUGGACAUUGACGGUUCUUGGCUCCAGAGCUCCAAAAACCCUUCAGCUAGAAGGGAACCUCCUCACCAGCCUGAACUCCAGCACCUUUGCCCUCUCUGAUCUAAGGAAGCUGGAAACAUUGGACUUAUCUGAUAACCUCAUCAUGUACUUGGGUUUGAAUAGCUUCCGAGGACUGUCCCAUCCCCACAGUCUCGAUCUGUCCUGCAAUCUUCUGAAGAAAGCCCCUGAUGCAUUCUCUUAUCUGUCAUGGCUUUCAAUAUUGAACCUUGAUUUGAACCUCUGGAGCUGUACUUGUGAGCUGAGAGAACUGGCCUCAUUCCGCAGCAGCUACAUUCAGGCUCCAGAUAAAGUGUUGUACAAUGGGCAGAGAAUGGUGUGUGUGAAUAGUUAACCCAGCUGUGCAAACUGUACUGGAGUUGACUGAGACAAACUGUGUCCCACCAAACAAGAAUAUCACAGUGGAGGUUGUGGCUAAAAGUAAUAUCACACUGCAACAAUACAUUAGAAAUGUUGCUAUUGCUGUUGUACUUUCAUUUGUGGGUGAGUACCUAAUAGAAAUAUUUGUCUAUUUAUCCCAUUUUAGUCUACGGGCAAGAAGUUGCUUUACUACAAGUGUUUACCGUUCUUUAAACAUCUGUGAAUGCUUUUCUGUGAGUACAGGUGUUUUGAAAACAACUGGUGUUCAAGUAGAGAUCUUUAGGAAGAGCUUUUGACAACUUAUUAUGUGGUAGUGUUUAAUUAGUGGUGCUUGCUUCUGCACCAUUUGUUGGACACCCAUGAAAGAGGUGUCAAAUUGUCUGGCUUAAUGAGAAGAGGUGUGCUUUGACUUUUAUAAGUGACAGGUGUACAUUGUUGGCCCAGUAGGCAAAAAAAAUGAGUGAAAAAAAUCUAUUUUGACUAAACACUGAAAAAGGGAACAUAGGGCACAUAUCUCUAGAACAGAAAAUUGUAAAGACAUGGUUGAAUUGGGACAGUAAGGCAAGUUUAGUGACACCCUUGCAACCACGCAGAACACAACGUAACAGCACCAGAAUAUCAUACGCAUGGGGGUGGGCUCUUUUGACUUGGGACAGCACGGCAAGUUUAGACACACUAGCAACCAUCCAGAACACCAUAUCAUAGUACCAGAGCAUCAUAGAGACAUGAUGGUGGUCUCUUUUGACUUUGGACAGGCAAAACAUUAUUUUAGAAAAUAUGCAAUUUUUGGAUAUUUACUUAGAAAUGUACUCUGCAACUAAAGUGGCAAGUUGAUUAUUUUUAUUUUUCAAAUUAAAGUUGGAAUUUUUCAAUCUUGUUUACAUAAAUUCACAGAACAUUUUCAAAAAUGUAUGUUCAUUUGUUUGCAAACAAUUAUAUUCAAGACAUCUUUGGUAAAAUACUGGGCAUUAAUGGAUCUAUCUCUUUCCAUUGCCCUAGCAGUAUUUUAUAUACUAUAUCACUGGAACAUGGCAAUGCAAUGCUAAAGAUAUUGUUUACUUUUGAAAGACAAAUUGCUUAUGUUCCACAUUUGUCACUUUGGAUAAAUGACUAAAUGUAAAUUAAAUGGGUUAAACCUAAAUUCAUUAAAUCACUUUUCAUAACUAAGAUUAUU